AUGGCUCAAAAGAUGCAGGUGCCGGAGUUGAGAUGUAUGGAACCUGAGAACUAUAAGAAAUAUUUCCGAGCGCUAUGUUGGAGUGGCACCAAGAAGGAAAGGCGAUCCCACAAAAGGAUUGGAAAGAAAGAAAAGCUCCGGCGAUUAAAAGCAGCCAAUGCUUUGGCUGUUUGUUAUGCUCCUGCUCUCUUGGGUAAUCCAUCUCAAUUUGCUGUGUAUGCCAAUGUGCGUAAAUCCAUCCUCGCUCGUUGGAGACAUCUUCAUGGCACUGUGUCUGAGCUGUCUGAUGACAGUGACACCGAGGAUGCAUCACCACCACAAACAAACAAAAUACCGAAGAUUACAGGAAUAGGGCUUCGAUCAGUGUUCUCCUUGAUAGAACAGGCGCGGUUCACGAAUGCCCAAUUUUGUGAACAUGCUCUUAUUGCUUUACUUGACGUUCUGCAAGGACAUGCGCCGGAAGAACUGUCGCAGGAGCCCACUGACAUCAUAAUCAACCUUCAUUCCAUGCUGGUGGAGGUCGCCAGUGGCAGUGGGCCAAAUGGCAAGGUGGAGUUACCAACAAAUCUUACUGCACUCAGUAGCUCCUGUCUCAUAGCCCUCUCAGUGGCCAGAGGCGAAGCUGAACUCAUCUUGAGCGCUGUGGCAUCCCUCAUUAUGUCCUCAUCUGUACUCUCUGAACAAGAUCUUCAGAUACCAUCAAACUUAAUCACUCUCCAACGGAGCGUCCAGUCGGUGAUACUUGGUUCUCCGUCCCGCAACCUAUGGUUAAACUAUGGCGUCCCUCACCAGUGUCUAGUGAAUAGCUUCCCAGUAGACCUUCCUGCGCAACUGACUGGCUCGGGCGAGCUCGUGGUCCGUUCCUUAGUUUCCGAUGGCUGUUUCCUAUACGUAUAUACGUCCAAAGGCCUGUUGAAGAUAGGUUCAGGGUACGGCAGCUCUAUAAGGCAGCAUGUUUAUUUGCACAAGCCAGACUUCUUUGCUAGCGAUCGCCAUGGCUGGCUAGGUUAUUGUAAGGACAACCUCACAAUUCGAUUGUACGACGCUGACUCCCAGCCGGAACGCGACGAGGGCACAGCCACCACAACUCUGACGUCAGUGAAAGAGAUCAACGUCCAUCUAUUAAGGCGUAGGACGUUAGUACUGGGCCGCAGUCCCUUUGAUGACGGAAUGUCUAGACGAGCAGCUGAACUGGACACUCCGGUAGCAAUGCAACUCGAUGAUAAUGAUGAUGAUCCCCUGCUCAGCAUUUAUGGUGGACAGGAUUUCGCACUUCUUACUACAGCUUCUGGAAAGGUGUACUACACCGGCAAGGGCGCCAGUCUUGGCUACAAGGCGGCCUCUCCACAAACUGGACGGUGGACCCUAAUGAAGGAAACUAUAUUCUCAAGAAACGAAGCACCGAACGCUAAGAGAUGCAAGGUCAUGCAGGUGGCCGUAGGUCACGAGGGAGUCCACGCUAUCUUAGUGCUGGACAAUGGGUCAGCAUUGUUCACCGGUAUCGCUCGGCGUGGCGAGGAUGGUGACGCAAUGAAACACCGACGACAGCCCAAACCUACACGACCCAAGAAGAUAUUUAAGGCAGAAGGACACUUCGUAGUGUAUGCGGCAUGUAACUACGGCUCGACUGCAUUAGUGACGAGGCAAGGCCAUUUGCUAAUGUUUGGUAAAGACACGCAACACUGCGACUCCGCUGGACAAGUACUGGGGCUAAGACAUGAGAGGAUUGUGCAAGUUGCACUUGGGAAGGCUCACGCCGUAGCAUUAACAAACUUCGGUCAAGUUUACACUUUUGGAAUCAACAAUAAGGGACAAUGUGGACGCGAGUUCGGAUAUACUAAAGAAAAAAUGUUCCCAUCGUCUCGCCGUCGCGAGAACAAGGAAGAGUCCCGGCUCUGUUCCACAUCUCACACGUGGACGACAGACUACUGCCGCGUGUGUGUGCUGUGCAGGGACUGUACAGGAUUCUCCAGCGCCUGCCACUGCUCGCAUCUCCCUAACAGAGUGCCCGGGGAGAAAUGCGGUUGCGGCGAAGGCGACAGUGGUUGUGCAGUUUGCGGAGUCUGUCGAAGAUGCGCAGACGCAUUCGUGAUGGCUAGUCGGCCUGAACGAUCGUCAACUGUCACUGUCACGGACCUCGACGACGAUGGCGAACCAUCCAUCAGACCAGACUCCAGAAGCGAUAAAGAAAACGUGCGGUUCUCGUUAUUCGAAGGCGCUGCGGCUAGUUCGGAAAUGGACCGCGAUGCUAGUCUCAAAGUGACUUGUUUACCCCCGGCAAGAGUGGCCGUGCCGGGCGGACACCGCAUCGUCGCCGUAGCGUGUGGCUUGCAUCAUACAGUGCUGCUGACUGAACAUGGUGACGUUCUGACCUUCGGUUCAAACCAGUACGGUCAGCUCGGAGCGGGUGAUAUUGCAGUGCAUCACAGAAUCGUACGAGUGCGGGUUCCUAAAGCAUCAAGCGUGGCCGCUGGCAGUAAUCAUACUGCUGUACUUACAAGAGAAGGAGAACUGUACACUUUUGGAAGUUAUCAGAAAGGAUCACUAGGCCGUCCUCGAAUGGAAGAACCUCUGAGAUCCGACCGAAGCCCUAUCUGGUACGCUACGCCUGGCCGAGUCCCUAGACUGGGUCCUAGACAUUCUUGUAAAGCUGUUUGGGUCUCGGCUUCGGGAGAUCAGACCUUUGUUCAGGUGUCGCAAGCUUUGAUUAAGACGGAUACACUAUUCAGCUCAACUAUUACGGCUAAUUCAAAUACUAUAAUAAUCUUACCAAACCGACCGGAGCACACAUUCAAAUGCAUAACCAUAAAUAAAAUUGACGGUUCAUGCAACACGUGGACUGGCUCCGAGCAAGUAGACUUUGUGAACAGUCUCGCAUGCCUGGAUCCUUUGUACGACGUGCUCUGGUGUUACCAGCCCCAGAUGAGGGUUAUGAAGUGCUACAACAUACUGGCUUUCGACUCGCACAAAUUGCAAAAAUGCUGCAACGAUCCCGAGUCAUAUUUCGGCGAUGGAGAUUUUGAAUACCCAAACUAUGGCAGUAUGAAACGAUUAGAAGAUUUUAAGAACUUGGAAAACUUUGACUUGUCCUGCCGCGAUGAGGAUAGGCCAACAGACAAUGUCGCUCUGUCCAAUAUGUCGGUGCUCAACCAGGAACUUGCCAUUCCAUCAGCGAUUGGUUAUUCUGUUACUCGGAUGCACGCCGCACUGCAUCUUUUGGGAUGUUUAGACUCUUUGACGUACGCUCAUGACAUCAGGUUAAACCAAUCGGAUUCGAAGAGAGAUAACUUAGGAUCUCCAAUACUUCCAGUCAAGGAAGACUACCAGACGGUGAACAGGUUCGAAAGUAAUGGCGGAGGAUGGGGUUACUCAGGACACUCCGUUGAAGCUAUAAGAUUUAUGUGUGACACUGACAUUUUGUUGGGUGGUAUCGGUUUGUACGGUGGCCGUGGUGAUUAUACUGCUAAAGUGAAGUUGUACGACAUCGGCAUCGAAGGCGGUGACCAGGAGGGCGACGGGGAGUUAUUGACGGAGAGUGAUGAGAUCAUUUACGAAUGCCCCCCGAGAGAUCGAUUUCCAGUCAUGUUCGACAAUCCUGUGCCGCUUGCGGCUAACCGAUGGUAUGUCGCAUGGGCUUGCAUAAGUGGACCCUCGUCAGACUGCGGCUCCUCAGGCCAGGCAAUGGUCAUAAACGACGAAAUAGGUUUCCAUUUCAAAACCUCAAAGAAAUCAAAUAAUGGAACAGACGUGAACGCGGGACAAAUUCCGUGUUUCAUUUACAACACGGUUAGCCCUGACCAGACCUUACCACUCAAAGUCGUAGAUUUGGGUGAACCAAUUAUAGUUCUGUCUAAGAACUUAUCGAGAAAAGUGACUGUGUCCUGCUUUAAGUCACUUAUUACGUUAUUACAAUGGAGCUGGGAUACCUUCAAACAAAUUCUCCUGGAAACAAAUGGCUUAGUGCCCAUCAACUACCAGAAACUGACUGUGAUGAAACAUCAAAAGAGGCUGGUCUAUGUGAUCAGAGCGUGCCUGCGACUGGUGAAGUCUUACAUCAAUGAGAUUUACCCACAGAAUAACAGGAAACGUAACUCCCAUGAGUACAUGUCGUAUUUCGAAGCUAUUGCUGAAGUGCGGAAUUUGAUUCAGACGAUAAUGGCUGACCAGACGCCCACAUGCUCGAUGCUGCCUCGGAAACCUGGGAAAACUAAGGCUCACAGAGUGUGCUAUGUGCAAUUUGCUCUGGAGUUGAUCACAUCGAUCUUGAACGAAGCGCAUGAUACAAUAACGGCAUGCUUCCAUGCUUUCUUCCCCACGCCGACGCUGAAAUGGAACCAUCUUUGUUCCAUGUUAUUUAACGUUAAGAUAAUCAUUAAAGAGAUCCCUGCAAAGUCGGCGACGGUCCCGCGAUCUUCACACGCUCAGAAACCACCUCCCAUACCUCCGCGAGCCAAUAGUAGAGAUGCUACAAAAGCCCCCGAUACAUCGGAAUCCAAGCCGAACCAUGCCGACUGGCACCUAUUGGACGUGAUCCCUCGUUUACUGGACAUAGUCUUAAACCCCAUCAAGCAGCAGAUGAUGACGCGCCAAUGUGGCCAGCCUCACGACCACGGCGAGAUAAAACAACAGGAGAAACUCUCAGAGUAUUGUUGCAAGCUUAUCGCUAGGAUUGUAGCUGAAAUGUCUACCAGUGCCACUUCUAUUCGGGCAGGCAACGCCCUCAUAACUCCUUUGGUGUUGUGGGUACCCAUGGGCCGCGCCAAUUGCUUACCAUCAGGUGUUAAAAUAUUUCAGCAGGAUACAGAUUCAAACGUGGUGAAGAACUUUGUGACGCCAUCACGGUUUAUGCGAGUGAAUCAAUCGAGAGCUUGGAACACUGGCAACGGCAGUCCGGAUGCGAUUUGCUUCACCGUAGACCGGCCCGGGGUGACGUUGGUCGGCGUUUGUGUCUACGGCGGUCUCGGGAACUACGAAUAUUCUCUCGAACUUCUACACGAUGUACGGCUACGCGCAUCAGCCGAUGAAGCAAACUCUACCCACUGCUGGGUGAGCGUAGAGAUCGUGCAUGGGAACUACAGCGCUGCUGACCUGCAGCAUGAUGUAGUGCAGCUCAAGUUCGAACGACCAGUGCCUUUGAAGGAGGACUUACGUUACGCCAUACGUCUUUGCAACCAUGGAGGACGUACUUCUAACGGUGACUGCGGGCUACCGUCCGUCAAGGGCCCCGACGGUACUACGUUUCGUUUCGCGUCCUGCUCUCUCAGCUUUAAUGGAACCACAUUGGCCAGGGGACAGAUACCUAGCCUGGUGUAUUAUGGGUCAUCAAAGAACGUAUCGAACUCUUCGGAGUCGGCGGACAAUCUCCUAUCCUCACUCCGUUCCAUCACUCUCCGCGUGGCCUCCACCGUCAUGGAACGUGGUGCUGACCUGUUUUGCACAUUGCGCAACGAGCUGACUGCUGAGGACUUACGGAGGAACGCCACUGUGCUGCAGAGCUCCCCAGCCAUCAACAUAUUGAUACCUUACACCCUCGCCAAUUUGGAAGGCGUUGAUGAUUCUAAGAGUGUCAUCAAAAUAUUGGAGAUGAUUCACAAGCUGCUUCCUCACGUGGCUGCCAUGAACUUGCUGGUGCCUAGUGUGGAGGAAACGAGCACUACCACGGGACAUUACUAUACGUGGCUAGAGAGCGACCAUCCGUACAAACAGGCUACCGUCACUAAUAUGAGAGUACUAUUUCCUACUAACGUGUCCUGGGUGGUACUGGAGAUGGAUCCUCGUAGCAUCACCGCUCAGCCGGAAGACUCUCUCACCAUCUACGCAGUGGCCGGGACUCCGAAACAUCGUUGUCACUGUGCCAACGAGGUCCGAGUUUCGGAUCCGCCUUUCAGAAAGCGACUAGUCCAGUUGACGAAUGAAGGAGAAGUGGAAGAGUUAGGGGAGGAGCCGGACGGAGAUGGUGUUUGUAUGCAUUACAACUGCACUUACGUCGGUGUUACACCUAGACUAGCCAAUAACGCUAGCGACUGGCCUCAAAAGGCAAUUUUGGUACCAGGAAACGAAGUUAUAUUCUCUUUGGAGACAGCAUCAGACUAUUUAACUGAAUUCAACAAAUCUAAUAACGAAGACAACCGUUUUGGUUUUCGAUGCCUGUGCGUCGGUUACGAAGAUACCCCCUUGACCACACAGCGUCAAGGUCUAGUUGCGCUUGAAAUGGAACUUGUUUACGCUGGAGCCGCGUGCGCAUCCAAAUUGUUGGCUCCUGAUAUUGAGAUACCACCGUUGACAUUUUCCACGUUAGUCGAGGUUCAAGUGCAGGCAAUGAUGGGUGGUAGUCCAAUGGGAGUGGAGGGCGAGUCCCCUCAGGAUGGGAGCGAAGCCCUCCUCCUGUCUAGAGGGCUAGAACUCUCCUCCCCUCCUACCAUACAUCAAGUACUCGAUGGCCAACCGCUGUUGCGGAAAAAAUAA